GGAAUAUAUUACGUUGAUUUGGUAACAUUAUAUUAGAGUGGUGAAAGUGACAAAGAAUAUGAAGAGAAGAAAUGCCGAAUGUGGCAAGCUCCGGAGGCCGUUAAAGCGAAACAAAAUUACUGAAGGAUUUUACGGAAGUACUUUACUCUACCUGAAGUUUCUAGUAUUAUGGGCCCUGGUGUUACUUGCUGAUUUUAUCCUGGAGUUUCGAUUUGAAUUCCUGUGGCCAUUUUGGCUACUACUUCGAAGCGUGUACGAUUCUUUCAAAUAUCAGGGCUUGGCCUUCUCAGUUUUCUUUAUUUGCAUCGCUCUCACAUCAGAUAUGAUCUGUUUUUUCUUCAUCCCAGUCCAGUGGCUCUUCUUUGCAGCCAGCACGUAUGUUUGGGUGCAGUAUGUCUGGCACACAGAAAAAGGUGUUUGCCUUCCUACUAUCAUCCUGUGGUUACUGUUUGUAUACAUAGAAGCAGCAGUUAGAUUACGUGACCUGCGGCAUCUUCCAUUUCAUUUGGACUUGUGUAGGCCAUUUGCAGCUCAUUGUAUUGGCUAUCCAGUAGUCACAUUGGGCUUUGGAUUUAAAAGUUAUGUAGGGUACAGAAUGCGUCAGAGAAAGCAAAAAGAUGUAUCAAAAGAGAAUGAAUUUUAUAUGCAGCUUCUACAGCAAGCAUUGCCAUUAGAACAGCAGCAAACACAGCAGCCAUUGCCUCAGCAACAGCAGCAACAGUCCUGUCAAAAUACUAGUCCAGAAAAAAGUAGAGGUGUGUCUUCUGUAGAAGUAGGAAUCUCAAAUGGAGUUGUGCACAACACAGCUCCAGUACCUCAGACCUCCACCACAAAAAAUAAUCACAGAAAAUCCCUGGACAAGGGGGAACGAGACAAAUGUGUGGAGGCUGAAGUUAAAUCUUCAUCUGAGAAACCUGUCAAAUACUCACAUACCAAUGGCACCAUUCACACAGAACUUGAGUUCAUCGAGAGGGUGGGGUACGUAAAGUCAGUUAAUGACUUUGACGAAAAUGAAGUCGAAAAAGAUAAAAGUGUGAAAGGGUCUGUUCAGCCUUUGAAGAGCAACUCUUCCAGCAAAUGGAGUAACAAUCAGGCACGUGAGAUUGCAGUCAACACACAACGUGAAAGGAAAAACAAAGCAAACAGAGAAAAUGCAGAGAGUACAAUUCAUCAUAAAGAUGAAUACUGCUUAAGACUGGAAGCUGAUGUUAAGAGACUAAAGACUGAUCUUCAGUCCAGUAGACAACUGGAGCAGGAUCUCCAUAGUCAAAUAAAUACAUUGAUCUCUAGUGAGAAGAGUAUUAAAAGUGAGCUGGCCCAGUUGCAACAGGAUAAUGAUGAUCUACAAUCGAAGCUGCAUGGUCUAGUGAUUGCUCGUCAAAUGGACAAACAGACCAUUUCUCAGCUGGAACGCCGUUUGCAAGAUGAACGUCGCUUGCGAAGUUCCUGUGAAGCACAAUUGGCUGCCGAACGAAAGGCCAAGAAAUCAGAGGAGGCUGCAGCAACACGAGCUAUUGCCAUGGCGGCUGCUGUAAACAAAAAUGAGUGCACAGAAAGUUGUCGAGCCAGGCGACGUGACCUGGAAACAGAGGGUAAACAGCUACGACGGGAACUGAAACUUAAAGACGACAGGUACCUGGCUGCCGAAAGAGAGAUGCAGAGCCUGAGACAGUAUAAAGAAAGCCAUAAUGAGACAGAAAUAUUGAUGUCAGCUCUGUCUGCUAUGCAAGACAAGAAUGCUCAUCUAGAAAACAGCCUCAGUGCAGAGACCCGCAUCAAACUUGAUCUCUUCUCUGCUCUGGGUGAAGCCAAGCGCCAACUAGAAAUAAGAGAGAGUUUAAUUCGGACACAAGAAAAGGAAAUUGAAGAAUUGAAGAGUAAAAUAGCACAGGUGUUAGCAGUGAUGCCCACAGACACAUUUUGUCCUGGUCCAACAAACAGUAGUGGGAUGUCAAAGCUGCGACUGCCUGAGAUCCCAAGCCCCUGCCCUGGUUGUACUGUGUCCAAUCUUGACCCUAACGCUACUGUGUAUACCCCUAAGGGAAGUCUCGUAGCAUCUACAGAGGCCUGAAUUAUUCUUGCAAGGCAAGUGGAACAACCUGAACGCAUUGUACGAGAGAGGAGAAGAGUAAAAUGUAGUAUUCUGUACAGCAACAAAAGUGAUUAUGUCAGUCACUUUCCCAUGACAAUGCUUUCUUCUUAUCAUGGUAAAACUUGUUUGACACUGUUUUCAUGUCUGCUCUUUUCCUUAUGUUUGGAAAGUUUGACAAAUUUACCUUUCAUUUGAAAGGUUAGCAUGUCACUUUUUGUAUUCUGUAUUGCUGUUUGCCAAACUUCAUACAGUGUUACAGUCUGCAACCCAGACAUCAAAGGAGCACCCAAUUUAUGUUGCCUGUACUAGCGGGCUUCCUUACCACACAUUUGUUCAGCCUUGGAAUAUGCCAAAGUAAAAUCUGUUUUACAUAAUUAACCACAUUGCCUUCCAUUUUUCAAAAUGUCCAGUACACUUUGUAACUUAUUUACGCUUCAUGUGAUACUGUCUGUGGAUCAGUGUCUAACUGCAGGGUAAUGACUGUUGAAUGAGUACAGUAUGAAUGCUUCAGAUAUUUAUUUCUUGUACUUUAUUUAUAGUAACUGGUGACUCAAUUUAAGAUUCUCCUUGGAAAAUGAAAGUUGUGUGCUGAUCCACAUUGAGUAUCACAGUGAACAUGGAGUACAGCUUCUCAUUUUUGAAGUGCCGAACAGAUAACUGAGUUUAGCAUAUUCAUUUAAUUGUAAUUUUUCUGGCUGUGCCAAGUCAUUGCAUUCAGUGCAUAGUUCCAUGUGUUCAGUUACUUAGAUGUGUUCUCAUAGGAUAUGUGUACUAUCUUGAUGAAACAAAAUCUGAAGAUCUUUGGGCUGGAAUUACUGGCUAUGUAAUUUGCUUAAUGAAUUUUGAUUAAGUGUAUUAAUUUAUUAACAGCUGGAUUGGUUUCAGUGCCUCACUCCCCAUAUUUAUUCUCUUCUCCCUUCUCUUGACUAACUAUGAUGUAGCUCUCAAAAGAGUGUGAGGAACAGGAAAUGGGCAGAGAGCACUGAUCAGUUGCAGAGUUGUCAUUUACUUCUUUCCACAUCAUAGACUGGAAGAAACAACAGAAUGAAUCUGACAUAUUUUGACAGGUUCAUAAAGGAAUUUGUUAUACAUGUUAGUGCCCACUUUUUGUUUCAGAGACAUUGUCGUUAAUGUAUACAACUUUUAAAGUAAAAUGUUCUUGUUUUGGUGUAUCAUGCUGGAAGUUGUCUGUUGCAGAAAUGGAUAUAAAAGUGGCAAAAUAGCUGAGUAGGUGGUUUUGUUUAAUUUUAUAUACUCAUAAAAGAGUACACUGUGAUAAUUGUAUAUAUCACAUCCAAAACUGUCUGAUGACAAAAAUUAAGUUUUAAUUUUAAAAAGGAGUACUGAAAAUCUAGAAAUAAUUUUCCCUUGAGUAUGCUGGGCAUUAUUUUCUAAUCACUGACAUCAAAAAUUGUGAUUAGUUGAAAUUAGGAAAACUUAAACAUGGUGAGAUUUGCAGUUUUGAUGUGGUUAUCAUAUUACAGGCAAGUUGUACAUGUAGAAUGUGUGUUCAUAUUGAAUAAUACAGCAUUUAGUCAAGUUUGAAGUGGUUACUUGCCUGAUCCGUCUGUUCAAAAUGUGGUAAUCCAUAAAUUUACAUGUUUAUUAUUAUUGAUGCCUUUCUUAGAUUUGUAGUUUAGAAGUCAGAAGAACUGCCAUACCAUUUUUUGUGAUGGAAUCCAGUGAGGUUGGCAAGUCACACUGUUCCUGCCCAAACCUGCAAUCUUCAUCACUUCACAGUAGCUACAAGUAAUGCCUGCUUGUCUUCACUACUGCAGUAAUACUGCAUCAGGAUAUGAUCUUUGUUUUGACCCAGUAGGGGCGCUAGCUUCCGUGUUUAAUUUCUUCCAUGAUGUUUGUAAGUUAGCAGUGUCUUCUGUAAGUCGCUGUGAUUUAAAUACUCUUGGUUUAUUGCGUCUUCAGUUGCAUUAAAUCCAACUGAAGUCAGGUAAAAUUGUGUAAGGGACUGUCUUUUUAUUGUAUGAUACAGCAUGUAAAUAUUUAAUUAUAAGUAUUAAAAUUCUUUCUCCAUUCUAUAUUUAAAAGAGCACAAAGGUACUGUAAUCAACUUCAACAUUUCUAUGGAUUUUUUUUUUUUGUAUGCAUGUGUGUCUCAGUUACUGAAUUAGAAAUAUGCAUUUAGGUGAGUGUCCAGGUUAGUUACUUGGAGCUACCCAGCUUUAAAGUACUUAAUUAAUUAUUGGUUUAUCAUUCAUGAUAAAUUAAAGUACCUUGAUCUAUUACUGUUGCUUGCAGUGUUAAGAAUUCAUAAAAUCACUUUCAUGCACAAAGUCAUAAUAUCGCAGCAGUUAUAGGAAAGAAUUCAGUAUUUUAUAUAUUUUGAUAGUGUGCACGCUGCUUUCCAAAAGCAUAGAGAGUACAAUUUUGAUUUAAUAUUUUAAAUUGUUAAACAGUUUAAUUUUAUUAGAAAUGUUUUGUAGAAGAAUAUUAAAAAUGUUUCUAUUCUUAACAAAUUUUCUCACGUUCUUUUAGUUUUCUUCUGCUAAGUACUGAAAUUAGUGUUGUAAGUUUUUGUUUUUUCUUUCUGCAAUGUAGUUUAGUUCAUUGGUUUUGUGUGUGAAUUUUGGUUGUGUUCUGUGAAUGUUCUACAUGAAUAUAUUGAUUUGUAUUUUACAUCUUAUGGCAUCAUUGUAAUCUGUCAUGAUGCUUAUAUUAUAGCUUGGUCUUAAAUUGCUGUUGUUAUUGCAGAUAAAACUUAUGAUCUCGAAAUAAAAGCACAAUGUUCUUGUUUAUGACAGAUGUUUAUUCCUUGUUCGUAUGUUUGCUAGUCUCUACUGGGUCAUUUUUGGACAUUGUUGCCAUUUGUAUUUGAAUCAGAGGGAUUGGUCAUAUUGCACACAUCUUUGUUCUUAUAUGCUCGAUGUUUUGUCAAAUGCUUUGCAUAUUUAAGUACUAAGAGAAAGAAAUUUCUGUUGAUAUUUUUAUUACAAAAACGACAAUUGAUUUGUUGUUUGCUUGAUUAAAGAAAGGAAGAAGAUUUGGGUGUGAAUACCCUUUUUUUAAUACAGUUGUGAAGUGUGCAUACCAAAUUGGGUAAUUUAAUGUUGUGAAUAUUUGUUUCUUACCGUAGGCAUGUGCAUGAUGAAAAUGUGAUAAACUAUAACAAGGCACUUUUUAGCAGACUUUCUUUUGGACCUGUAGAUCCAACAUUGUUAUUCUAAAGCCAAGUAAAACUGUAACCUAAGUAAUAAAUCUGCAAGUAUUAACAGUAGCAAAUACUGCUUCUGUAGAUAAAAUUGUAUUUUUCAUAUGAAAGAAUGGUAACAAAAUGUGGAAGAGAUUUCUUCCAUAAUAACCACAUUAAGUAAUGUUUGCACCAAUUGUUAGCAGUCUGAGUAACCAACAGAAAUGUUUAAAAUGUAAGUUUUCAUAUUCCAAAGAUUUGCAACAUUUACAUUAGACACAUACUAUUCAAUUGGAAGCAUUUGUUUAGACAAGUGUAAUAGUAUUUAUUUUUCAUAAUGAAGCCAAUGAUGUUUUCCAACUUUAAGAUACAUCUAUUUCAUGAUGGAAAUAGUGUUCCUGAGAUGAUACAUAUUUCAGGAAACAGGCUUGUCAGAACAUAAUAAAAAUUUUCUGUUUUAGGAAAGUGGGAGUAUAGACUGCCAGGAAAAUUAUUUCCCAAGUAUCUGAAUACUUGAUAAACUUGAGAUUCAUCACCUACAAUUUUAUUUGCAAAAUGUCACACAUUAUGUAGAAAAAUCAAUUUGGGAAUGAAACUAUGUACAUGUUUGCUGGUUCAUUACUGAAGUUACUUUGAAAUUAUUUGGGCAUAAAUUAGAAAGAUAUAUAUGUGCUUAUUGGUUUAAAGUUUAAUUAGUUAUAAUUCAUGACCUUAUUUUUUUGUGUAUCACAAACUGUAGCUACACUGACUUCACCAUUAUGGUCUGUAAUUUAUUUGUGUGAUACUGUUUUAACCCCUUUCACAUCAUCAUCCUGCACAUACCUAAAAACAUAAUUUCCAUUGGUUAUGUAUGCAGUAAUCAGUGGUCACAUUGAAAGAUUAUUAUUUCAAUACAUGAUUGCAAGUGCUUACACAAUACCAUGCAUAAGUCAUAGGAACAAUGCUAUAAGAAGUGUGAAUUUAUGAAAUAUGCAGUCUCAUGUAAUCUGAAAGGCAUCUGGCAAGGCUCUGCACUGUUUUUAAAUUCAGUAUCAUACUAAGUUAUUGUGGUUAUGGAUAUGGUACAAAUAAUAUACUUGUAGUUUGCUGUGAAUUCGCAGUAAAUGAAUGUUGGAGCACAGAACAUUGAACAUAAAUAAAUGGAUGUGAAAAGUUGCUAGAGAUUGUAUCUUAAACUUUGUGUUUGUAUCAGUCUUCAACAUUUGAAUCUUACAUGAAGUAAAGCAUUUGUCAGUAGUUUUUAACACAGGUAGCUUUUUUCAGCUUAUUUUAAAAUUUGUAGUUGAUGUUAGAAUCUGUAUUCUUUACAGUUUUUCUUAACGGUUUAAAACUGCAACACAGCUGAUGAGGACUUAACCCAUACCUGAAAACAUGUAAUUGAAUUCUAACAAAUGAAACAAAACUAUACAGCAUUGGAGGGGGGCUGCUGGUCUUGCCCAGACAGCCAGUAUUGCCUGCAAACCUGUUGCCAUAUUUUGUACGUGGGAAUUUUAUACUCUCCAUGUUGCCAUUUUCAUGCAUUUUUGUAUUAUGGUGGGAAGGUCUGUGAGCAAUUGUGGAUUUCAAAUGUGAGAAAUAUGCAGGGAAUGCUGGUAAUGGGGCAGCAACUCAAUAUUUGUGACCAGCAAAAUAAUAUUUUGAUGUUUGGAGAUAUUCUGCUCUCUAUAUGUGUCAAGUCAAAGAAAAUAAAAAAAAUGAACAAAACGUCUGUGGGGCCACGAGUACCCAGAAAUCGCAUCAUAAA